AUGGAUAUGGUGGAUACAUUGUGUCUUGUCAUAUCAUUGAUAAUUUCAGCGCUAUUCGCGUUGGUGUUAAAGCUGGGAACGAAACCAAGUGGUUUUGGUUCAGGAAAGAAAAAGGGUUUGCCAGGGACAACAGGUUGGCCCAUCUUAGGAGAAAGCUUGGAUUAUUACUCCAACUUUCGUAAUGGUAAACUUGAAAAAUUUGUAACGGAUCGAAUGGCCAACUGUUCUUCAAACAUAUUCAGGACAUCAUUCCUGGGGAAUUCCGUAGUAGUGUUUUGUACUUCUGAAGGGAACAAAUUCCUGUUCACAAAUGAGCAAAAACUGGUUCAGGGCUGGUGGCCAAGCGCUGUGAACAAAAUUUUCCACGAGUCGGGUGACAAACCGGUCCAACACCACUCGAAAACGCUUCGAAUCUCGCUUCAUUCGACGAUUUUCAGGGCGGAAAUGCUCCGAAAAUAUGUUGGUAGUGUGGAUGAGAUAAUCAAGAGACAUUUCCAAUCUCAUUGGGACUCGAAAAAAGAAGUCGUUUGUGGUGAUUUGGCACGGAAGUUGUUGUUCACAGUGGCCAGCAAUAUGUUCUACGGAAUCGAUGAUCCAGGGAGAAUAGACAGGUUGACAAAAGGGGUGGAGGAGAUUGAGGUUGGUAUCUUUAGUUUACCGUUGAAUUUCCCUGGAACGGCUUUUCGUCGAGCUAUUAAAUCGUCCAACGCUCUUGUUGACGAGGUGGAAGCAAUAGUGAAGCAACGAAGAAUUGACAUUUCGGGUUCACAAGGAUCAGCUGUGAAGUAGGAUUUCAUGUCAUAUUUGAUCAUGGAAAACAAUGACGGUGUUGGAGGAGAAC